AUGGCAAGCCUCAUACACUCCCGAAAAAAGAUAUUAUCUAAUUUUUAACUUAAAGAAUGCCAGACAAAAUUCAAAAAACCUGAUUCAGAUACUAUUGUGUCUUUUUUCCCUCUUACUUCUGUAUAAAUAGAUGGUAAAGGGAUAAUCUCUGAUAGAAAUGUAAAGUAAAAGGAUUUAUAUGGUAAAAGAGAUUUAUCUAAUGCAAAUGAAAAGCAAAUUUUUGAUAAGAAGAAUUCAUUUUCUGAAAGAAGAAGUUAUUUUGAUGAAACAAACUAAUCGACUGCUUAACAAUCAGAUUUAAUUCUUAAAAAAUCAAUUAGCUAAUUAAAUAUAAGUAAAAUAUAGAGAACUUAAGAAGACAGCUUUUUAUCUCCUGCUUAGUUAAAUGAGCAAUUCAGCUAUCCAAGCCCUAUUUAAGAUGGUAGUAGCAGGAAAAAUGUUAUGAAAGAUAGAGUAAUAGAAAGUAUUUCUAUUGAAGAUUAAUAUGAAGAUAUCCAAAAUUUAUCAGCAAUUCAUUCUCCAAUCAAAGAAUAAAGUGAGUUGUAAACAAACAAAAAAGUUCUACCUAAAAUAUUAAACUACUAAGACCUUUUACAACUAAAAUAAUUUGCAAGAAAAGACAACUCUUCAUUUUAUGGCUAAGACACACACUAAACAAGUAUUAGCAAAAUCAGUCAACUUUCUGGUAAAGACUCAUUGCCAAUCUUAAACAAAAAAAUAAACGAAAAUUUAAAACAGACAUUACCUAAAUAAGAGAAAUUUUUAAUAAUUGAAGAAUCAACAGAUAAUUUAGAUUAACUAAAAAGUUAUAUGUUAAAACAAUAAGUAAAGAAUAAUGCUAAUAUAUUACCCCUUAUAUCUUAAAACUAAUAUUAUACUAAUUAAGAGCUAGUAUUAAUGAAGAAUGAAAAAGACCCAAAAAAUGAAAAUUAAAAAAAAAAGAAUAAAAGAGUAUAAAAAUAAAUGAAAUAAAUAACUAAUCCUAAUGAUUUUCUCAUUGAUUAGUAUUUAUUAAAGUUAAACCAACAUAAUUAAUAAAAAGAAUAAUAAUCAAAAGAUGUUAACAGUUUUUUUAAAAGUAUUGAAAACAAUAAAAGAAAAGAGGAGGAUGAAAAAGUUAAAAAGUUACUUCUCUCAAAGCCUAAAAUUGUUAAUCAAAUAAGCAUCUACUAAACUUAUAAUGAAUUGGAAGAUGCAGACAAAGAAAAAGUAAAGAAAAUGCUUCAAGGAAUUUAAGAAAUAAUAAAAUUUAUAUAGAAGCUUAACAACUCUGGCUAGGAUAGAAACUACAAUUUAAAAAUAUUUAAAAAGCUUAUCCUUUAAAAAAAGAGCUUGAGUUAAAUUUUUUUAAAUGAAACAGAAAACGAUUUUACUAAUCCUUUAAAUCUAGAAUCAAUAGAAAAUAAGAUAAUAGUAAAGGAGUCAUAAGUGAUGAAUAAUUAAGUAACAAUUGAAAGUAAGUAUAAUUUAACGUUGCUAAGAGAUAUUUAAGACCUAAUCAUGAGAUUUUAGUAGUAUUUUAUGGAGUAAAAAAUAUUAACUAUUGAUUUAAUUGAAGAAAAUAUUAUAAAAGAACAAAAAAUAGUUUUAAAUAAAGCAUAAAAAUUAGAAAUGUAAAACAGGUUAGAGCCUAGUUUUUUUGCUUACAAUUGUAUCAAGUAGCUAUCAAGUGAAAGUAUUGCUAUGCUUUAAAAAAACAAUAUUACGAAUUCUAUCUAAGAAGCCAUUAAAGGAGAUCACUCAAUCUCUAAAUUAUUCAAAGAUGAAAAUAUCCAUAUGUACAAUAAUAUUUCUAGAAAUAUUACAUAACUUCACAGAAAAUUGUUAGAGUCACGCAGAAAUAUAUUUUUCUUUAAAUGA